ACAUUCAAGCGCGGUAGAGUACUGAGCGGUGAUCUUGCAUGACACCAGGGUCCGUUCUCUAGCCAAUCAAAGCAUAGUCAAACGCUAAAAAAGCUCAAGUCGCUGGGUUAUAAAAGCUAGCCCUGCUAACUCCCUUACAACCUUACGACGUUUUCCUCCUCAUAAUCCAUAACAUGUUCAAGUCUGGUCUUACUGUUCUCCUUUUGGCUGCUAUUUCCUCGGUCCAAGCUCAUUACCAGUUGACUUACCCACAGUCUCGAGGCUUCAUUGAGGACAACGAGCCUGUUGCCCCUUGCGGUGGGUUCAAUGCUGUCAACACCACUCGAAAUGAAUUCCCUAUCAAGGGAGGAUUCUUGGAAAUCAACUCUGAACACGUUCAGUACCAGUACUCUGUCCACCUGGCACUUAACAGCAACCCCAGUGCUGCUGACUUCACUAGCUCUAACACCACCGUUGCUAAUGGCACCAACUCUUUCCCCGAGCAAGCUUGUCUUCAAGUUGACCUUUCCAAGGUUUCUGGAGCUGUCGAUGGCGCUAAUGCUACUCUUCAGAUUGUUUAUAACGCUGGAGACUCAAUCCUCUACCAGUGUACCGAUGUUGUCUUGAAGACUAGCCCCACCUCAUGGAAUACUUCAGCUUGUUACAAUGCUAAUGGUGCCAGCGCCAGCUCCAGCACAGGAUCAAGCCAACCUUCCUCCACCUCAGCACCCUCCUCUGCUGCUCUAAAAACAAAAUCACGUGAAGCUUCUUUACUUUGUAUCCAUAUUACUGAGUUGCUUGAUGCAACUCACUAUAAUUAUCCUUCAUAGACAUACCAUCCUACCCAUGCUUUGUAUGACAAUAAAUGCAAUAUGAAAUUGACGGAU